CAGAGGGAGGUUGUGCAGAGUUGCAGAGAAGAAUAAAAAAGAACAGGCUAAAGGCAAAAAAAGAGUGAGACUGAAGGUAUGGCAGCAAAUAUACUUAGAACUGCUAUGGUGCAAUGGAGAUACACAGAGAGGGACAGGCAUGUGUGUUUAUGAACAAUGGUGAAAAGAUUAAUGCACACCAAUAACAUAUACUACAGUCAACUCACAAAAUCAACACGCUGAAUUAGAAUUCAGGUUAAAACAGUAUGGUGUUGUAAUGAUGCAGUGGUCAUCUGAGUGGGUGGAGCAACACUAUGAUGUCUCCUCUACCACAUCACCUUCGGUUCACCCUAAGCCCCUCUCAUAUCCCCAGCCUAGCCGUCCUGGGUUCUCAGGCUAUAAUGAUGACAUCAGUGCUCUCAGUGCCUCUAGCUUGCUGAAGCGCUAUGCUGAGAGAUAUUCCUUCAACUCUGCCUUACCAGAGCAUGGGACUUUCCUGAAAAGUGAGCAGCACCAAGAAACAUGGCCUGUGGGAUACAGUUUGGAGGCGCACCCUGGUUUAGAUGCAUUGAAGGGGACUUCGGGGACUGAAAGUGACCUUCCAGAGCAGCAGUACAGCCGUGGUCCCACAUCUCAGGAUUACCCUUCAUCUUACACUAGUCAGCAUCUGCUCCCUAAACCAUCCUAUCUUCCUUCACCAGCAUUUUCCUUGCCAUCUGUAUACCUGCCCCCCACACCAGGCUAUGCUUAUCCUCAACAAUGCAGUCUGACCGCCAGUUACCCCCAUAGCACCCCUUCUUUGCUGCACUCAGGCCUACACACACUGACUCCUCUGAAUGUCACUCUCAGCAGCCUCAGUCCUGCGGAACUUCCACGCAACAGGAAGUUUGGCUUUGACCAACCCAAAACUGCCAGAGUGUCACCAUACACCAUCAGGGACAAGGGUGAUCGACAAAGCAGUGAUGGUGGAUGUGUCAAUGAAAACUGUGGGACGGACACCCAAAGUUACAGGCCAGAAAGUCUUUCCACCCAGUCUGAUCUUGAGGCAGAUUUGGUGGGUAAAACCAGUCCUCUACGGCCUCAGGAGACACGAUCUUAUGGAGGUCCAGGACAGUACACAUAUCCCUAAGUCUACU